AUGGUCCUCCCGAAACCGUUGAUUUCAUCACUGCGUGAGAUUCCAACCCAUCUUUUGGCCGCCGUCUAUGCUUCGGCCCUGCCUUUUGCCAGUCAUGAUCCGCAUCUCUGCGUCCAAAACGUCUACGACAAGCCAUCCGAAAACCAGAUCUGGCAUAUUGCACUGGAAGACAUAUCACGCGAAAUCCAAGCACCCCGCCUGUCUGUUCUGCAAGCUGGCCUCCUCUAUCUGCAGAAGGCCAGGAGAGGCUCUGAGGCAGCGGCCGAUACGCCCUUCAAAUGGUCGUUCAUGGCUUUCCUGGUCGGACUGGCCACUUCUUUAGGUCUUCACCUUGACUGCCGUGAUUGGUUGAUACCACCAUGGGAAAAGCGCCUGAGGAGAAGACUAUGGUGGCUUGUGUAUACAGAAGAGAAAUGGCGCUGUCUCCUGCUGGGAAGGCCUUCGCUCAUUGGUCCUGAACAGUGGGACGUAUCCGAGCUGGACGAUGAAGAUUUUGUGACUGAAGACGACCUUGCGGCCCUCGUGCCGGAGCAGCCAGCGUGGUGGCCACCUACUCAUGUUGAGCAGUGCACGCAUUUCAGAUACCUAUCUCGGUUGGCUCAGACGGCCGAUGAUAUCUACCGAGCUUUCUAUACGCUUCGCGCUUCGCGGAGACUUGCCACCGACUUCGCCUCUUCCCUCAAAGCCGCCAAACCUUUGCGAGAGCAGUUGCGGAAUUGGUACUCAUCACUCCCUCCGCCACUGCAGAUGCGGAACAAGUCAGAGAAAGCUCCCACGGCGGGCGUGACCAUGGACGCAACAGCCGCUCUGCACUUUGCGUACCUCAGCCUCGAGGUCCUUCUGUAUCGAGCGUUACUUCGACCCUUGGGACCGCCGUCCAAGAAGGAUGCUCAUGCGGCGAACCCUCCCGGGAGCGGUGGCGGCGUGGCUCCGACAGUCGAAACCACUCGUCAAGUCGACAGAAAGCCGAUCGAUGGGGGAAGCGCAGAUGACAUGUUAGCUGCCCGGGUAGCCACCCGGACGGCGGCCCACAACUGCGCCAAACUGGUCGUCUCCUUCACCGCUGGUCUGGACUCGCUCGACUUCGGUGCAUUCUGGUAUUCCUGGUCACGCAUCGGCUUCCCCUUGGUGACGAGUUUCGUGGCCUUGUUAGUGGUGCAAGCCCCAACCCCUGAUCUCCGAGCGGACGCCAUGUCCAUUGCGAACAGCUGGCGAGAUACGCUUCGCGUGCAGAGCAAAAGCUUCGAUCAGAUGCGGCUUGGCUUACUGCGGCUCGAUGUCAUGUACUGGAUCGGCUUCGACGAGUUGUUUUCAAUGUGA